AUGGAACAAGCUAUUGAUGGAUACUUCUCGAUCGAUGACGUAAUAAUAAACCCCAAAGGAGACGUGACCAUCUCGGGAUACACUCCACUAGAGAUCCAGGAGAUUUUCAGGAACUUCACCAACUACGAGGAUUUGCCUGCUGUAAAACUCGGUCUGAAGGGCUAUGAUGGAAUAUGGGCAGCAGCUCUUGCUUUGAAUAAGACUGCAAGUGAUCUUGAGACGAAAGGUUUAGAAAGACUUGAAGAUUUCACAUAUAAGAACGCAGACAUGGCAAAAUUGUUGUUCAGCAAUGCCAUGAACACAACCUUCAUUGGGGUACGUGGAAGCAUUUCCUUCGACAAGAAUGGCGACCUCAACGCAAUGUAUAUGAUCUCCAGAUUGCAAGGUGGACAAAAACAAAUGGUGGGAUUGUACUAUUCGAAUAAGAUAGAGUGGUUGCCAGACACACCAGUUAUUUGGAAAGGUGGUGUCAUUCCUAAGGAUUCUGUCACCACUAUAAAGAUCACACGAGAACUAUCCUCCUCCUUGUACAUCACUAUCUGCUGUUUGUCUGGCUUGGGGAUUGUACUCACCUGUGUGUUCUUGGCAUUCAACAUUGGAUACAGAAAAAGCAGGAUCGUGAAGAUGUCCUCACCUAACCUCAACAACGUGACCAUGGUUGGAUGUCUAAUACUUUACAGCGCAGUCUUUUGGGAAACCAAGGGCACGUCAACGAUUUUAGCAUGUGAGGCAAAACUUGUGUCACUGACUGUUGGAUUCUCAUUGGCAUUUGGCGGACUGUUCGCUAAAACAUGGCGUGUAUAUGUGAUAUUCACUCAUGGCACUAAGCAGAAAAAGGUUGUCAAAGAUAAACAGCUGCUGCUAAUGGUCUGUGGUCUUGUAACCAUCAACCUUUCCAUCAUCAUUGUCUGGUUUGUGAUCGACCCGUUCCAGAUUGUCGUUCACCAGUUGCCUGUAGAGGUCAACGUAAUUGAUGACUUCGAAAUUCGUGAAAGCAUAAAACAUUGCUACUCUCAAAAACAGAUUUACUUCCUGGGUUGUCUGCUGACUUUCCAUGGCAUCAUUCUGCUGUUUGGGGUAUUCCUGGCACUGCAAACACGAAAGGUUAAAAUCGAUGGUCUGAACGACUCGAAGAUGAUUGGCGUUUGCAUCUACAACCUCGUGGUGCUCAGUUUCCUCGGGGUGACGGUGUCACUAACUCUAAAAUUUGACCACGAACUCAACUACGGCAUUACGUCCUGCAUCAUCAUUGUGGCAACCACCGUCACGCAGUGUCUUAUUGUCCUACCAAAAAUAAUUGGACACUUCAGUACGUCUCGAGUGCACGACGUUGAUAGAGUUGGUCCUGUGAAUGUUGUUCCACAUAGUUGA